AUGUUGAAGGUUUGGUUGACAGUUUCGUCGCUUUCACUUGGCGCAAUGGCAGCCCUUGGAGCUCAAGAUUCGCGGUUGUCCUCAUUGAAACAAAUUCGCGACGAUCACGACGAUUGCGAAAAUUGCAGAGAAGCUAAAUAUGUUUUGAACUUGCGAUGCGGUGAGCCACCAACUGACAACACGUUAGUUGAGACGUUUCUUCGAUGCAUUUGCAACUUGAAUGACGAUUUCUUUGACGAAUACAGCGACUGCAUCGAGGACUGCCGCUCGUAUACAUAUUACGAGCCAACUCGGGAUGACGACCAAUUGCGUCGCCACUACUGCAAUUUGGCCGACAACGUGUCGCCAGUGUUGGAAGCCAUCGAAGCUAGUGCCUCAACCGUCCCCGGGCUUUUACAAUGGCGCUAUGCAACUUCCGCCACAGAUACCCAGCCACAAACCACGAGAGGCUCUUCUUCUGAAACCAGUGGUGCAAGCGGUAGAACAAGUAGCGGCGCCAGUCAACAAACCAGCGCAACCAUAACCGUGACCACCACCACCAGCAGUGCUCAGCCAAGCUCUCAACCCACCACUCAAAACAGCGCACCCGGUAUGAAGACCAACUUGUGGGGAUUGGCUAUUCUUGCAUUGUUGUAA